UGCGUUUGCUUUGCUAAACUGCUAAACUAAGCUGCUUCAUCGAACGUUUGAGGUCAAAGCUAUGAUAAACUUGAGAUAAACGAUUAAACUUGACAAUUUACUAGUUUGUUCACAACACUUCAAAAGAAAUUGUUGCAAGACUUUUACUAUCCGGGGCUCAAACUGCAGUCACGAGAGUAGCACAAGAUGUCCAAGCCAGUUGCUUCUAAUAAAGAGACGCCGGACUCCUCAGCCAAGCGUUCAAAGAGAGGGCACCGGUUAGUUCGUUUCGAGCAGGAUGGCGAACUCAAAAUUGGUUUGGAGCUCAGCGAUGGCGGCGAUGUAUUGGACAUCAGAGCUAUUGAUCCAUCGAUACCUCAAGAAAUGUGGCUUUUCAUGCGGCAACGAGAAUACGAUAAUGGAAAAAUCGACUGUUUGAAUGAGGAUCAGCGGGCAGUUGUAAAAAGAAGUGACAUUCGUCUGAAGGCUCCAUUGGAUCAUCCGGAGAAAAUCAUUUGCAUAGGAAUGAAUUAUGCAGACCACUGUACUGAGCAGAAUAUUCCUAUACCAAAGGAGCCUGUUAUUUUCAGCAAAUUUGCCAGUGCUUUGCAAGAUCCGGAUGAGCCAAUUUAUUUGGAGAACACAGAAGAGCUUGACUUUGAGGUUGAACUUGGCGUUGUGAUUUCAAAAUCAUGCAGAAAGGUAGAGGAAAGUGAGGCAAUGGAUUAUGUGAUGGGAUACACUGUUGCUCAUGAUGUCAGUGCACGAGACUGGCAAUUGAAACGAAAUGGUGGUCAAUGGCUACUUGGUAAAUCAUUUGAUACCUUUUGUCCACUUGGCCCUUGCAUUGUGACGAAAGAAUCAAUUUCAGAUCCACACAAUUUGGGUAUUCGUUGUCGAGUAAAUGGAGUGACUGUUCAAGAGUCGAACACAAGUCAGAUGGUCCACAAAGUUCCAUUUUUGAUUUCUUACAUUUCAAAAUUUCUGACUUUGAAUUCGGGUGAUCUCAUUUUGACUGGUACUCCACCUGGUGUGGGCUGUUUUCGUAAACCUCCAAUGUGGUUGAAAGCAGGUGAUGUUGUUGAGUGUGAAAUUGAUCAGAUUGGCAGCAUUCGAAACACUGUGGAGAUAAGACCACACCUUCAUGCAGAGAAGUUGGACAACUAAAUGAAGUGUGAUAUUGCUAUACUUCACAUGUUGACAUGAGUUAUGCAUGGAUCUGCUCUGCUGACAUGCCAUUGUUUUGAAUAAAAUGUUACCAAUCA